GAUCAAUCCUCUGGGCGUACUUCCUGCGCAGCCAUAUAAACGGGACGCCAGGCUAUUCUUAAGCCUUGACGCUCUUGAGGGGCCCGCCACGACUCUGCUCACGAUCUCUUGUCUCUCGUUUCCUUCGUUUCUUUUCCUUCGUUUCUCUCAGCUUGCCUGAUAGCUUGGAACGACGCGCCGGGCGCUACCAUUCACGACAGGGUCGGAUUUUGACACAGAAUGUUUUCCCUUCCUCUCUCAUUAUCUCUCGUGGUCCUGCUCGCCCUGGAUACCGCGCAGUUCGGCCUGGCCUUACCUCGUAAAUGGGAGCAGAGACAGCUUGCAACCGAAACGGAGGCACAACAGAAGCGGUGGGGGGAUGUACCCAUCAUGAGACAGCGGAAAGCCAGACGCGACGUGGAGAAACGCAGUGCAUGGGGGAACGCGGUCGGCCUGGGCGACUCGGAGGACCUGUUCUACAGCGUCGCGCUGAUGCUCGGUAACACGACCACCGCGUUCAACCUUGACACCGGCUCCAGCGACCUCUGGGUCGUGUCCUCGGCGUGCCAGACGGGCGGGUGCGAAAAGUCCACCUGGCCGCAGUACCCGCUAUCCACCUUCGAAGACACGGGCGCAGAUGUGCUGAUGCAGUACGGGGACUCGACCACGGGCACCUCGGCCUCCGGUCCCGUCGGGCGGGACACGGUCACGCUGGCGGGAUUGUCCAUACAGAGUCAGCCGUUCGCGGCGGUGAACAAGACGGACAGCAGUGUGGUCGUAGACAAUGACGCAGCGGGUAUCUUUGGACUCGGAUUCCCUAGCGAGAGUCAAGUCCAGGCUGCUGUGGUCAAUCAACAGUUCAACACACCAAAGACAACCGAUGAAUUCGUCUCGACGACGUCCCAGAACGGACCGCUGCUGUCCCGCCUGGCCAUGACCGGCCAACUCGCGCAGCCGAUGUUCACCAUCACGCUCCAGCGAGACACCAUCGAUGUCGGCGGUAAUCCCGGCGUCCUGACGAUCGGCAAGCUUCCGGACGGAGUGGAUAACUCGUCCCUGACUUGGGUUCCCGUAAAGUUGUACUCGCCUGCAGACGGCGGAUUGAAUCCGCCCACGUUUGCCCCCAAUGAGAUCUAUCCCCUCCGCUGGGAGGUAGAGCUCGACGCUGUCUACCUCGACGGUCAGAAACUCGCUGACUCGGCCAUCAAACCGAGCGGCGUGCAGUCCACGACCGUCUCCGCUCUAAUCGACACUGGUAACUCGAUCCUCCGCGGGCCCGAAGACGUCGUCAACACGAUCUUCUCGACCGUGUCGCCGACGUACAACCCCGCCAGCGCGAACUCGGUCCCAGCGUUCCCCUGCGGGACGCCGCACACGCUCGCGUUCCAGAUCGGCGGGAAGAUGUUCCCCGUCGACCCGCGCGACUUUGUCGUGCAGCAGAAGGCCGGAGAUGCGAGUAACUGCUACGCCGGGAACCUCGUCUCGACGGACCCGCCGUCCGUCGGCGGGCUGUUCAGCUGGAGCUUGGGCGACCCAUUCUUCAAGUCGAACCUCAUCGCGUUUUAUUAUGGCAACCUUACCCACCCGUCGCAAGAUCCCCCACGGAUUGGGUUCAUGUCGACCGUCCCGAGCGACGCGAGCACGCAGUUACAGCAGGUGGUCUCUUCGGCUCAAAACAACGGUGGCAAGUUUGCCUCUACGUCCGACAACGCGCUGGCGGCGACCGCCAACGUGGCGUCGACGACGUACUCCAUGUCGGCUUCAGCUACCCCCGCAUCAACCACGGGCGGCGCACAGGCGUCCCAGACGGAGAGCAGCAAGAAGAAGAGUGCCGCCAAGGCGAACUUCGGCUGCGCGGACAGUGUCGGCGUCGCGGUGACCGCUCUGGCAUCUAUCUCUUUGCUACUACAACUCAUUUGAGGGUGAUGGACGGCUAUGGAAGGACUUCUCUAUUCCGGGACAUAUCGUACUUGUUUCGUUUCUUCUAUCUAUAUGGUCUAUUUGUAAUAGGGCAUAUACUCUAUGAUGAGCAUAGUCGCGUCGGUCAGUCCUUGGUCAUUGAUGCGAUCGACACUUCUCUAGAUGUCUCGGAGAAAUAAAGGAGAAACAGAAAAGGAGUGUCCUUAUAGGUCGAGCGUAGAUCGAAGCACUUCUACGACGGUUCUCAGAAACGCAUCGAUCGUGGUUCGGUCGUAGUAGUGAUCAUUGUAAUUGACCUGUAUGUUGUACUUGCCAUUGAACGUCCAAGCACGAGUGAAGUAUUGUGGCUCGGUUAUACGGCCG